UCCUACAGCAGUUUACACACAUAGUGUGGGAUUUCCAAAUGCUCUGUGAUCCAAAUUGAGAUUUAAAUAUAAUUUAUUUAAAAUUCACUCUGGAAUUUUGCAUUAUUUGGCAAUUAAUUAUUUAGCUGAAUAACAGAAGACAUGAUUGACGAAGUAAAACGUGAGAGAGGCGAUCAAUGGAUGUCAUAUUACUCCAGCGAGGUGUAUUAUGGAGCAGACAGUCUGCCUCUGGGCCCUAGAGGAUAUUCCCCCCCAGAGCAUCACUACCUGAGUUACGGCCCAUCGUGUGAUUCAGCAGCUGCGGGAAACACCGGGAGGCUUGAAAGCCCAGUGGGGAUACUGCCUCCACCAAAUCCCAAAGGAUACGCUGAAAGCAACUCCAAUGAACCUGAGUUUCCAGCACUGAAAUCAGUUUACAGACGGACCUUAAGCCAUGCCAAACCGCCGUAUUCCUACAUUUCUCUUAUCUGCAUGGCAAUCCAGCAAUCACCAGCGAAGAGACUGACUCUGAACGAGAUCUACGACUGGAUCCGCCAACUCUUCCCGUAUUACAGACAGAAUCAACAGCGAUGGCAAAACUCCAUCCGCCAUUCCCUGUCGUUCAACGACUGCUUCGUGCGCGUACCGAGAUCGCCAGACUCGCCAGGGAAAGGCUCGUACUGGGCCCUGCACCCUGACUCCGGUAACAUGUUCGAAAACGGCUGCUACAUGCGUCGCCAGAAGCGUUUCAAGUGCCAAAAGGCGACGUCGCCAUCAGCAACGAAAAAUUCGGAUGGGGAAGCUGUGAAAGUUGAAGGGAAGAAAAAAAAGGUGGAGGUCAAGACAGUCAUCUCUUCUUGCAAAUCACCUGUACCUCCUUCGAGUGACGCCACAACACAGCAUUCAGAUAUAUUAUCAGUGUCCUAUCCAACCACCAAAGCACCUUUUUCUUCCCAUCUUCCUCAGCAUCUUACUCACUCACACACUUUGUUUCCUACUCAGACUCCAGAUAUCUCAACACACUCCCUGAGUGUCCCGUUCCCAACAAUGUCCACCCCUAACCUGCAGUCUGUGCCAUCAGCCUCUGUGGAAACCAGCUUGCACUGUGAAUCAACAUCCCAAAACCCCAUUUCUGUCCCACGACUUAUGGACUUACAGUACUGCGAGACCCCUGUGAGCUACCCGGUUUACUGCCAGACAAAUUCCCAUCCCAACUUCACCUCAUAUGCUGGAGACUCCGUUUACUAUCCUGGAUUUAGCAUGUGUUCUGCUCCUCUUCUGAGUUCCUCCUGAUCAUCCUUCUGUAGCAUAUAAGGGCUAUUAAAAAUGAAUCCGUUUCUGUUUAGAUACUUAUAAUUGCUGUAUAUAUUAGUUAAUGGACGCCCCAUAGCUGGAGAAGUAUCUGUUAUCUGAUGCUAAAGGAUUUCUGUGAUUCUCUGUGAAUGAUUCAGAUAAAUUCAAUUGAAUUGAAGGUGUUUGAAGAUACAUAUCAACAUGAAUUCCUUGCUGUAAAUCCCAAGUAAAAUUUUAAA